AUGCUGGGGUUUCUGUCAUCGCGGCAGACCGGCCUCGAUGAUCCUCUGAGACUGAGGCGAGCGGAGUCCACAAGGAGGGUCCUGAGUUUGCAGCUGAAUCCGGACCGAGACGUGGACAGAAUCCACGGGAACGGCGUCAACAGCCUCGACAUCGAUGUGGUGGAAGGACGAUAUAUGUUGUCUGGAGGAGCUGAUGGAGUCAUCGUCGUCUACGACCUGGAGAACUUCACUGGGAAACCUCAGUACACCUGCAAAGCCAUCUGCACCGUGGGCAGGUCCAACCGUCACGUCCAUAAGUUCAGCGUGGAGUCGGUGCAGUGGUAUCCGUACGACACCGGGAUGUUCGUCUCCAGCUCCUUCGACAAAACCAUGAAGAUCUGGGACACGGAGACACUCAAGCCUGCGGAAGUUUUUCAGUUUGAGACCAACGUUUACAGUCACCACCUGUCGCCCAUCGCCCGAAAACACAGCCUCAUCGCAGAGGAGCAGUCUGUGGGGGAGAGAGAGGAGAGAGGAGAGAAGAAAGAGGAGAGAGAAUCCCACAAUAAUUCUCUAUAG